UCCGAAAUAUCGCUGUUUGAGACGAAUAUUCGUUUCAUGGGGAGCCUGCUUGCCUGUUAUGCUCUCACGGGAGAUGUGAUGUUCCGGGAUAAGGCGGCGCAGCUUGGUGAACGGAUGCUGCCUGCCUUCCAGACGGAAACCGGAAUUCCUCAUUCCCUCAUCAACCUUCAUACCGGGGCCAGCAAGAAUUACGGUUGGGCGAGCAGCGGUUGCAGUAUUUUAUCCGAAAUCGGGACAAUGCAUCUUGAGUUUACCUACUUGAGCGAUAUAACGAAUAAUCCAGUGUUCAAGAGCAAAGUUGAAAAUGUAAGGAAAGUCUUGAAGAGUCUGGAUAAACCAAAGGGUCUAUAUCCGAAUUAUAUUCAUCCAAGAACAGGAAAAUGGGGUCAACAUCAUAUGUCGCUCGGUGGGCUCGGCGACAGUUUCUAUGAGUACCUAUUGAAAGCUUGGAUCCAGUCAGGCAAGGAAGAUGUCGAGGCACGUGAAAUGUACGACGACGCUAUAGCCGCUAUAACCCAGCAUAUGAUCAAAACAUCCCCUGGCAAACUUGUCUACGUGUCGGAUUUAAAAUAUGACAGGCUUGAGCAUAAAAUGGGUCACUUGGCUUGCUUCGCUGGCGGUAUGUUUGCUCUGGGCGCUAAAACUCUAGAAAACGAGUUGUCUGAAAAAUACAUGAACAUCGCCGCUGGUUUGACCAACACAUGUCAUGAAUCAUAUGACAGAAGCGCUACGAAACUCGGCCCUGAAGCUUUCCACUUUAUCGAAGGCAACGAGGCCAGAAGCUUAAAGAAUGGCGAAAAAUAUUACAUUUUACGACCUGAGACCUUCGAAUCUUACUUCGUAAUGUGGCGGUUAACAAAGGAUCCAAAAUAUCGCGAAUGGGGUUGGGAGGCGGUUCAAGCAUUGGAAAAACAUUGUCGGGUUCCCGGAGGAUUCACGGGACUUAACAAUGUUUACCUAGUCGACUCGGCGAAAGACGACGUCCAACAAAGUUACUUCUUUGCUGAGACAUUGAAGUAUCUUUAUUUGCUCUUCAGCGACGACGAUCUCAUAAGUCUGGACGACUGGGUAUUCAACUCCGAGGCUCAUGUGCUUCCUAUCAAGAGCAAUCCUCUGUACCGCCCAGCUCCCUCUUUAUAAGCCAGACAACUUUACGACAUAUUGAACGAUACUGACACUUCUCGUUCGGCAGUGAUGGAACCGACAGAUAUAUAUACAUAUGUGUAUAUAUAAUAUAUAAUAAUACGACGAUACACAGUGGAUCAAAAUUAUACAGC